GCAAUUGACAGGCUAAACACAGUGUGCAAUCACAGAAAAAGUACCUGUCUGUAUCUGGAGUAGAGAGGAGUAACAACACUCACCAUGGAAAGAAAAAUCCUCUGUUGGAUAUUUUUGAUUGGAUAUUUUCAUGCAUCAUCUGGACAAACUACAACUGUUGACCCAACAACAACAACAGCAACACUGACCACUACAACAGGCUCAACGACAACUGAUACGCCUACAACAACUGCAGGCUCAACAACAACUAGUAUCUCUACAACAACUGCAGGCUCAACGACAACUGGUACGCCUACAACAACUGCAGGCUCAAUGACAACUAUUAUACCUACAACAACUGCAGGCUCAACGACAACUGGUACACCUACAACAACUGCAGGCUCAAUGACAACUAUUACACCUACAACAACUGCAGGCUCAAUGACAACUGGUAUCUCUACAACAACUGCAGGCUCAACGACAACUGGUACCCCUACAACAACUGAAGGCUCAACAACAACUAGUAGCCCUACAACAACUGAAGGCUCAACAACAACUGGUAUGCCUACAACAACUGAAGGCUCAACAACAACUGGUACGCCUACAACAACUGAAGGCUCAACAACAACUAGUACCCCUACAACAACUGAAGGCUCAACAACAACUGGUAUGCCUACAACAACUGAAGGCUCAACAACAACUGGUAUGCCUACAACAACUGAAGGCUCAACAACAACUAGUACCCCUACAACAACUGAAGGCUCAACAACAACUAGUAGCCCUACAACAACUGAAGGCUCAACAACAACUGGUAUGCCUUCAACAACUGCAGGCUCAACGACAACUGGUAUCUCUACAACAACUGCAGGCUCAACGACAACUAGUACAACUCCAGAACCAACUACAACAACUGGAGCCUCAACAACCCAUGCAACUACAGUCUCUACUACAACUGCAGCCACAACAACAAAUACAACCCUAAACACCACCACAACAGCUUUACUUACCACAACUACACCACCAACCACAUCCACUCUCCCAGUCAUUACAACUCCACCUCCGAUUACCACGACCACUGGAGAAACAACAACAGCCCAAAGCCUUUUAUCACUGGCACAUCUCCAAAUAAAGAUGACUUCCUUUGGCGAGGUCAGCAAUGGAACCAUCACUGAGCUUAUCAAACAGUUUUUCAGAGACCAGCUCCAGAAUGGCACAGCCCACACAGUCACCGUGACAAGCAUUGAACGGGUUAUCAUUAUCCCAUAGAAGCUUCAUGUAGACAGAAACAGUUAAAAGUGAAUAUAUAAAGAUGGCAGUUCAAGUGCUGGUACUUUUAACAUGAUGUGAGUUUCUCAACAAUUUGAGAAAUGAGUAAACACAGAGGUUUGGAUUUUAGUCGAAAUCCAUCCUUAUGCCUUUUAUCAUUAUUUUGUCCAAUUAAAUCUAAAAUAUUUGCCGUCCCACACUGUUACGUGUAUUUCCUAGAAAUGUGAAUAGUGGAGAUGCACACUUGACUGGAGUGUGAGAUUAUUUGUACAGUACAAUGGGAACCUCAAAUCAAGCAAUCUGAUCUGUCAAAGAAGAGGUUCUUAAGAAGUGUCAGUAAUUCUCAUAGUUGUAACUGGAGAAAUGGCUGCCACACUGACAAGCUUAGUAACCAGGAAACUCUUAAACUGUGUUCUUCUCUCACUCAUCCCUUUUGUUGUUUAGCAACAAUAAUCUUACUGAGUUCCUUAUACCAAGUGUAUGACUAUUAUAACCCCAAAUCAGGAAAUUAAUCAUUUGUCAGAGUUAAAUACACAGUUGUGUCUACUGAAUGUGAGUCUGUUUUAAAGCACUGAUUGUUGGAUAGUGUUAUGGGAGGAAAUCUGAGGCUUUCUGUGCACAGGUCAUAUUUUUAAAUGUUUCUGUUACAUGGGCUGAAGACACACAAUAAUGAACGUAAUGAAUGUGUGUGUUUUGUGUUUCUUUUGUGUGGUUUUUAUUUGCCCUCUGUUUCAGUCCAUUUAGUAAACUUGCCUUAUACAGGCAUUGAGUUUACUAAGUGUCAAGUAUAUAAAAAUGUGAUUUAUUUAAGCAGGAUAAAUUAUUUGUGAUUCUGAACUGAGGCCAGUAUGUGUCUAUUCCUAUGCUACAAGGCCACACAGCAAUCUUUUCACCUGCAAACAUAACGUUUAAUAUAUACGACUUAGAUACGAUACAUAACGACUUUUUUCUCAAAGUAACCGAUUUAAUUUUUUUUUCGAAUCAUUAGUUUUGUACCAAAUAAUAUUAAUUCUUAAUUUUUCUGACAUGUAUUAGACUUUAAAAUGAUUAUUUAGCAUGACAUUUUGUUUGCAGCCACAAUCACUUUCAAUCACUUUCAAGAUAUUUAUACAACACUAGAUUUGUGAGACAAAAUUAGCAGCUCGGAUUAUUUGUGUUGUGCUAUAUCCUUUUGAAAGAUAAAUAAAGAGACAUAUCUGUUUGAAGUGGC